AUGAAGAAGAUACUGAAGAACCCCACUCCUGCCGUUGAAGAUGCCAUCACCAAAUCCAAAAAGAGAACACGAAAGGUCUCUCAAUCAAAACCACAACCAGCGUUUACCAUCGGCGACAUAGAAGAUUUUCAAUUUAAGGAAGACGAAGUUAAAGAAAUUAGGGCAUCCUUGUUGAAAUGGUACGCCGUUAACCGGAGAGACCUUCCAUGGCGGAGGAUCAACGAUUCCGAUGAUGAGGACAAAGAUAGAAAAGCAUACGCUGUGUGGGUUUCGGAAAUCAUGCUUCAACAAACAAGAGUUCAAACUGUUGUAAACUACUUCAAUCGGUGGAUGGAGAAAUGGCCGACUGUUCAUCACCUAGCUCAAGCUUCCAUCUCAGAUGUAAUUUUAGUUUUAGAACUUCAAAUUUUCUGUUUUUUUAAAACUGAAUGCUUUUAUUUUUACUUUUUGCAAUUGCCCUCAACCCUAUAA